AUGAGGAUGUGUGACAGAGGUAUCCAGAUGUUGAUCACCACUGUGGGAGCCUUCGCAGCUUUUAGUUUAAUGACCAUUGCAGUGGGCACGGACUACUGGUUAUAUUCCAGAGGUGUGUGCAGGACUAAAUCUACAAGUGAUAAUGAAACCAGCAGGAAGAAUGAAGAAGUAAUGACCCAUUCAGGGCUGUGGAGGACCUGCUGCCUAGAAGGGGCUUUCCGAGGCGUGUGCAAGAAAAUCGAUCACUUCCCUGAAGAUGCUGACUAUGAACAGGAUACAGCUGAGUAUCUCCUGCGGGCUGUGAGGGCCUCCAGUGUCUUCCCCAUCCUCAGCGUCACGCUGCUGUUCUUCGGCGGGCUCUGCGUGGCAGCCAGCGAGUUCCACCGCAGCAGACACAAUGUCAUUCUCAGCGCGGGCAUCUUUUUUGUCUCUGCCGGGUUAAGCAAUAUCAUCGGCAUCAUAGUUUAUAUAUCAGCUAAUGCUGGAGACCCCGGGCAACGUGACUCCAAAAAAAGUUAUUCCUAUGGCUGGUCCUUUUAUUUCGGAGCCUUCUCUUUCAUCAUUGCGGAAAUUGUGGGAGUGGUUGCUGUGCACAUCUAUAUAGAAAAACAUCAGCAGUUACGUGCCAAAUCCCAUUCGGAGUUCCUGAAGAAAUCCACCUUUGCCCGCCUUCCGCCCUAUAGGUAUAGAUUUCGGAGGCGGUCAAGUUCGCGCUCCACAGAGCCCAGAUCCCGAGACCUGUCCCCCAUCAGCAAAGGCUUCCACACCAUCCCUUCCACUGACAUCUCGAUGUUCACCCUCUCCCGGGACCCCUCAAAGAUCACCAUGGGGACCCUCAUCAACUCCGACCGGGACCAUGCUUUUCUACAGUUCCACAAUUCCACGCCCAAAGAGUUCAAAGAGUCGCUGCAUAAUAAUCCGGCCAACAGGCGCACCACGCCGGUCUGA